CAGCUGGAGACAGCUGCACCGCCUGGCGCCCCAACCCCGACUCUGGCUAACCGCUCCCACUUCGCGCCUCUCGGAAUCCCAGAAGUCCGGGUGGCGGGCUCCCCCCAGCCCUUCCAACCCUCCCCCCCCCAACCGCGGCCGCCGGUGCGAUGCAUUCCAUAGACCUCACUCUGCCAGGACUGACCUCCUAAGCUCCAGAACUACGGGCUACAGGGAGUUAAAUUGCUGCCUUCCUUUCUUCGCUCUUGCGGUUGGUAGCUUGUUUUUUCUAAAGGAACGUUUUAUUCACUUUUUAGUAUUUUCUACUGGGGUGGGGCACGUUACCCACCUCGGUCAAGACGCUGCUUUAUAAAGGUUUUGUUUUUUUUAAUGUAUGUGUAGAUAUACUUUGGACACCUUACAACGCUUGCGCCUCUCCAUCAGGGACACGGCUUGUUGUUUUGGACAUCCUUCUUCCUCUUCCACUUGGUACUCCUGAACGCAGUGUGACCAAACUCCUCACUGCCCCCUAGGACGCGGAUUGCCUUGGAGUGCUAGAGUCUAGUUGGUUGGAAGGCCUGGGACCGCCCCGCCCCCACCGGCCAGAGGUUGGGGAAGUUUACAUCUGGGUUUUCACACAUUUUUGUCGCCACUGCCCAGACUCAGACUAACCUUGUGGGCGCCGGGUUUUCUGUACUGCAGCCUCCUCAAAUAUUAGCACUGCCUCCCAGCGCCUGCCCUGUCCCUCCUGGCCGCAGAGGUCCUGCCCUCGCUCCAGCGGAGAAAGAUCCCGAGGGCGCCGUGGAGCCUGGGGCCUGGGGCCCGCGCUGAGCAGCUAUGGCUGCUGCAAUAGCCAGCUCCCUGAUCCGGCAGAAGAGACAGGCAAGGGAGUCCAACAGCGACCGGGUGUCGGCCUCCAAGCGCCGCUCCAGCCCCAGCAAAGACGGGCGCUCUCUGUGUGAGAGGCACGUUCUUGGGGUAUUCAGCAAAGUGCGCUUCUGCAGCGGCCGCAAGAGGCCAGUGAGGCGGAGACCAGAACCCCAGCUGAAAGGAAUUGUGACAAGGUUAUUCAGCCAGCAGGGAUAUUUCCUGCAGAUGCAUCCAGAUGGUACUAUUGAUGGGACCAAGGACGAAAACAGUGACUACACCCUAUUCAAUCUAAUUCCCGUGGGCCUGCGUGUGGUGGCCAUCCAAGGGGUGAAGGCCAGCCUCUAUGUGGCCAUGAAUGGUGAAGGCUAUCUCUACAGCUCAAAUCUGUUUUACAAAGGAUAUAAUUUCAAGGAUAUAACUUCAAAGCCAUAUAUGGAUGUGUUCACUCCUGAAUGCAAAUUUAAGGAAUCUGUGUUUGAAAACUACUAUGUGAUUUAUUCUUCUACUCUAUACCGUCAACAAGAAUCAGGUCGAGCCUGGUUUCUGGGACUCAAUAAAGAAGGUCAAAUUAUGAAGGGAAAUAGAGUGAAGAAAACCAAACCAUCAUCACAUUUUGUACCAAAACCAAUAGAAGUGUGUAUGUACAGAGAGCCAUCACUACAUGAAAUUGGAGAAAAACAAGGACGUUCAAGGAAAAGUUCUGGAACACCAACCAUGAAUGGAGGCAAAGUUGUGAAUCAGGAUUCAACAUAGCUGAGAACUUUUUCCUUCACCCCUUUCUCAUCCUUCCCCUGACUUUCCCCUCCCCAUAAACUAGUUCCUUCCACUAAAUCCACCCAAGGAGAGGAAACUAAAAUGGCAACGUGGGACCUUAUGGCUAAGAUUCUGCAUUCAAAAUCUUCCUUUGUGUAGGACAAAAAAAAAUCAUCAAACCAAAGCUUGCCUAUUGUAAUGUGGUAGAAAAUACUCAUGCACAGAGUUAAGCACAUAUUAAAGCAAAGAAAAAUUUAAUCAAGAUUCCAAAAACGUUAAAAUAAUAUACAUUACUGUUAAUAGAGCUAAUUGUAAUGAAGGUAGGACUAUAAUAAAGAUGAAAUAAAGCCAUUAGACAAAAAAGAGGGUUUUGGUGAAUUGAAGUUGCAAAUCAAUGUAGUAUCCUAAGUAGUUUCUCUGGAUGAUGUUGAGUUGUGUUUUUUGUUUUGAUUUUGUAUUAUCUUUAGGCAUUAGAAGUUGACACGUAAUUAAAUUGUUUCCAGAGUUGUUUUACUAUGAUGUUUAAAAUGUAUAAUUUAUAGAUUCUUCUAUUACCUCUAAAAAUACAUAAGCAUAAAUCAUUUAACAUCAAGAGAAGUUUAAAUUUUAAUUAUUUUAUUCUAAAAUUUUGUAUUUAAAAUGGUUUAUGCAGAGAAUAGUUUUACAUCAAAUCUAAUAGUAUUCACUUUAUAAAGAUUUCAGUUUCUCCUAGGAAAAUAUAAUAUUUUGUAUUGAAAGUAUUAAAUAAAUAUCCCAUUCUUUAAUCAUUAAAAUAUAUAUAUUGUCUAACACUAAAGUAACUAAUAGAAGUUAUUUUAUUGUCAUUCUUAUACAAUGAUGUUUAAGUUACUUCUUAUUCUUUGGCAUACAUUUUUAUUGUUACUGGAGCUUGACAGUUCUGAGCACAACAUUUGCAGAUAGAAACAGGCAGAAGCAAAGAAGGAAAGAUACUACAGCAUGGAAGUUUCUGUCACUGCAGUCAGUGGGGGAUGGAUAUGAAUCUGGACCAUGUAUAUGGCAAAGCAGGCUCGCUAUCAAAGCCAGUUACCUUGCUGAUCCCACAUUCUUACAGUUUGAUAUGAGUUUACUUUGUGGACACAUUUGAAAGUAUAGGUGCAUGUCUACCCUCUUAGAGAAUUUUGACCGUCUAUUUCAGCAGGGGAAAAAAAUUACAAAGGGAAAUCAGUCUUAGGAAACUGGUUAAAGCAAAUUGUAUUUGCCUCUUUGUACAUUACCACAGUUUACAUAUGUAGGGUUUUCUGAAUUCUGCCAAGACGUUGAGAUAUAGUUGAGAAAUUCUUCACUUACUUAAACCUUCUGAUGUUAAUGGCUUGUUUGUUCCUGCAUAUCCUUGUUUACAAGUCUAAUUGACAGUGUGUCUCUAGACAGGUAGAAGAUAGUACACUGAAGUUUCAAGAGGUGUAGAGAAACUAUGAAAUUAACAGCUAUGACACCAACAGACUGCAUUGUUUGUGAGCUACUUAAAGUAGUAAAACAAAACACACUGUAAAACUAAGCAAAGGUAUAAUGAGGAAUGCUAACAAAUUUGAAGAAUAGUAGGAAAGAGAUGUUUUGCAAGUGUCUUGGAAAAAAAAAUAGAUCUACUUAGUCCUACAAAUCAAGAAUGGUGUAGAAACAUCCAAAUUAAAAUAACACAAAACAGAGUGUUAAAAUAUAUGCAGAAUUUUGGACCUUAUCAAUGAGGAAACAUAGCCUGUUACUUCUCCUUUAGCUCUACUGUCCAGCAUGUAUUGUCCCAAAUAUGAUUCCCUAAAAUAUAUACACAUUACAGAGCUCUAGGUUCUUACUUCAAUGACCUUGGCAUUGAUUGCUGACUUUUUUCCAAGGUCAGUGUAGGUUCCCUCACUUUACAGAAUCAUGAUUCUUCAGUAGUGGUUUGUGCCCUUCACCAAGUAUUCUAUUUAUGCAUUCAGGAAGUUAGCAGAAAAGGAAAUAAAAGAAUUUACUUAGUUGUGAAAAUUUAAAGCAAUACAUCUAGACAAGAAUUUUAAAUACAUACCUGUGAGAUAUAUUUAAUAAAACCUUUGAAAGGUAAUGAUUAAAAGCAUUUCAACUUUCAAAAAGAAUGUUGCUCUGUAGGAAAAUAAUAACUGCAAAAACACAAAUGUGCUUAUAUUUCUUCUAGUCAUUCUUGAUUCAAAUUAAGUAUGAACACAGCUGUCACUUCCCAGGGACCAAAUUCCAAGUAAAAGCAUCAUUUUCAAAGAAAAGUCAAGGGUGACUGUAUAAAAUGGGUCUAGGGCUUACUGAGAAUUAAAUGACUUAAGCUUUUAUGUUGAUAUGAUGGUAUAAACAUGCACAUGUACAUACAUACACACAAGAAACUCAUCUGUAACGCAAUUGACAGUUCCACAGAAAUAUUAUCAGUUUUAUGGAUGCUAUAAUAGCAGAAUAUAUUUAAUCUGGAUAAAUGUUAUAAAACUAUGAUAGAGAUAGAAAUUCCCAACAAAAUUCAUUCCUACAAUUUUACUGACCUAACACUGUUUAUCAUAUGAACUCAUUUGUGCCCUUUAGAUACAAGUUAAGCAGAGUUCUGACCACCCAUAUUAUUUAAGCAAAUAUUCACCAUAGUAAAAUGUUUGGAAGUUAGUUUUAUAUUAUUUACAAUACAUUUCAGAAAAUGAACUGGAUACUUUAUAUUAUUUCUUUUCCAUAUUAAUGAAAAUCUCUAGUUGAGAGAACAAGGUAAAUAAUUUGCUUAACUUUUGACUGCUCUUUAAGCACAUUAAACCCUUAAAAGAAAAAUGUCAGUAUUCACUGUCUAGGCUUUACAAAAACCAACAAAUAUAAACACAUACUUAUAUUAUUUAUUUUCUUUAAAAUGUAAGCAAGUUUGGUUUGUGUUUCAGGGUUAUUACAAGUAAAAGAAUCAUUUGAUUUUCAUCAUCACAAUUUCUGGGUCUUUAUGUAUUCAUCACUUAUUUCCCCUAUAAGAUAAAUUAAGUGAAAUGAGCAUUUUUUUUGCCCCAAAGCAUUAGAAUUUACUCAUGAGAAAAAUUAUAUUUAGUUAAUCUUUGUACUUAGUCAAUAUAGAGAUGAAUAUCUUCUAAGAGUUCUCAUUUUAGUGUAUCAAAAUCAUCGGGCUUAAGAAUGAACUCAAAAGUUUGGAAAAUCUCAUAAAGUAGAUCUGCUCCAUAAAUAUUAACUGAUUUUAAGGUAAGAAUUUGAAGGGGAGGAACAAAAUGAUGCUGAAGUCCCAUUUGCUAAUCCAGAAACUAUUGUGUUCAGGAAACUGGAGGACAGAAAAUGAAUUUACUGUUUACCAUAGUAAUACUUUGGGUUUUCAAUUUUACUUAUGAAAUUCAUAUCACACUUUAGUCUGUAAAUUAACACAAUAAAGAGACAUCAAUCUGGCAAAAAUUGUGACAAUUUAUGAACCUGAUUCUAAUCCUGAUAGCUUUUAACAACAAUUCUUCUGUUUAAGAUAUUGACUGUACUGUAGAUUGGUGGUACUGUGGUACCACUAGCAAGAGAGGAGUGUAUUAAGGGAAAAUGACUUAUUUUGUAUUGAGAAUCUUGAGGGUCCUGAGGACUACUGAUUUCUUGGUGAAGAAGCUUGACUUCAUUUUUUUUUCAGGAAAGACCCAGAAAUAGCAAAUCUACUAUUCCACUCUGAUAAUUCACAUGGCUAUAAAGCCUUGUUCUAAGAAGGUUAUCCAUGAUGUUGCUUAAUUUCAUCUGCUCAAGGUGAAAUACAUUCAAAUAUAAAAAAUCCCUGCUUAUUUUAAUAUCAUCAAAGGCUGAGAUUAUUUCUCUGUCAUAAAAUUGUAAAUAGCAUUUUUUAAAUCAGAAUCACAUUUAAAAAGAGUGGAUUGUUCUACAAAUAUAUAUGUGUAUAUAUACAUAUGCUUCUGAAAUAAGGAUAUAUUAUAUAGAGUUUUUAUUUGAUUUGUGGUCUUUAGUCAUAGGUAAUCAAACAUUAAAGGGAUUUGAAUGCAAAACUUUAUAUAUAAAUGUAUAUUUCUUAUGAUAGUAUAAAUUGCCACUUUAUAAUAAAAAAUGAAAGAGGAACAAUAAUCAAAGCACAUGCUCCUUCAGAACUUCAGUGAUUGAGACCCCUCUUUGAUGUAGAGGUAACUUUUUCAUUUCUAAAAAGUUACUUAAAAAGACAAAUGCUUGCUGAUACAUACUGCACUAUAAUGUAUGCCGGAUUAUAAUAUUAUAGUAGAGGGAAAGGAAAAGUUCUAUAUGCAGAGUUUUAUUUUUCAAUAUUGUUUUCUGGACCCCAUGCUAAAAAAUUCAAUAUUCAAAAUUCAAAGUAAUUGAAAAUUGCUAAUGUUCAGAGAUGAUGUAUUUGAUUACUGUAACAAAAUAGAAGAAAAAAUACAUUUAACAUUGUGAAUAUAGCAUUAAAGUGUCAUAAUAAUAAAAAUUCCAUCAUUAGUUAUUGUACUAGUUGGAAAGAAUGAAUUGAUGUUUUGUUGUCUUUGUUCCAAGCACAACCUGAAAAUAGUAGCAUUCAUUUUACUUGAAACUGUUCUAAAGUCCAAAAUACACACCCAUAAAUAGAACUGGUAUUACCUGUAUUACAAGGUUAAAUGUUGCAAUCUUCAGAAAUUAUUGACACUGAAAUGUUUAACAAAUAUGUUGUAUGAGAAACUGAACAAAUUAAUGUUUCAUUUUUGCAUUAAAGAACAAAUUAUUCAAAUAACUUGUUUUUGAGAUCAAAUUUGUAAAAUGUUUAUACAUCACAACCUCCCUGAAGUGAAAAACAAUUGAAAUCUUGAAAUAUUCAUGCAUGUAGACAAAAUACUUGCAUUUUUAACAUUAAAUUUAUUUCAGAAGUCUC